AUUUAGCACCAUAAUGGAUGCAUGGAGCUCGGCAGGGCUCAUGGAAAAAUGCCAGGAGGUCUUCAAUGACAUGAUAAAAGCUGACAUAGAACCAGACAUCCAUGCAUUCAGCAUUCUUGCAAAAGGCUAUGUGCGUGCUGGUGAGCCUGGUAAGGCUGAGUCAGUUAUGAUUUCCAUGGGAAAUUAUGGUGUGCAUCCAAAUGUUGUAAUCUUCACAACCAUCAUGAGUGGGUGGUGCACAGCUGGCAAAAUGGAGCAUGCUUGGAGUAUCUAUGAGAAAAUGUGUGAAAUGGGCAUUGCCCCCAAUUUGAAAACUUUUGAGACCCUAAUAUGGGGAUAUGGAGAAGCUAGGCAACCAUGGAAAGCAGAAGAUUUGCUCCAUAUAAUGGAAGAGAAGGGUGUUAUUCCUGAGAAGAGAACUAUCCAGCUUGUCGCCGAAGCUUGGCGUGUGAUAGGUCUAAUGACAGAAGCCAUGAGAGUCUUAAAUGAUUCAGAAGAAGAAAGGGAAGUGGUACAAAAUAAUAGGAGGGACAAGGUACCUGAGCAGAGUUUGGAGAUGAUUAAUAGGAAACAAAACUUAAGUACUUCUCAUCCUAAUGUUUUGCCAAUACCUGGAGUAGUUGUUUCUGAUAACGGCGGAUCUGCUGCCAACAUAAGAGGUCAGAUGAUUUCAAGAGGAUUUCAGUUUUCAUCUGACAGUAUGCAGAAUGCUACUAAAACCAUGUGUCUUGCUCAUACGUCUGCAUUUAGAGUGCAACCACUGAUCAUAUGUAGGAGGCAGUUUCAGACUCAAGUUGGGAUGUGCAGGCAGUUUGUAAAUACACGCCCAGUGUUGUAAAUAAAUACAUUGAUGAGGAAACAGAGGCGACUCAGAUGAUGCUAUUUCGACGAGGGACAAAACAUUAUCCUGCUCCAGAACAUUUCCUUGGUUCUUAGAUUCAUGAGUGUUGAU